UGGUGAGAUUGCUGCCAGCAUGAGCAAGCGCAAGGAGCGCGAAGAGAGCCCGGCGCGCAAGGAGCACAAGAAGAGCCACAAGAAGCACAAGAAGCACAAGUCGGAGAAGCGAGGCGACCACGAGCGCAUCUCGCGGGACGACUACUUUGAGAAGGCGCGCGAGUUCCGCGUUUGGCUCAAGACCGAAAAGAAGCGCUACUUUGAGGACCUGACCUCGGACGACGCGAUGCAGUACUUUGACAAGUUUGCCCGCAGAUGGAACGACGGCAAGCUCGACGCAAUGUACUACGCGAGCAUCCCACAGCACAUCCUCGAGAGCGUCAACCGCACCAAGCACAAGUGGGGCUUUCUCAAGAACCUCAACGAGUCGGAGCGCUUGCACUUGGCGAGUACCAAGGACACGGUCGACAUUACGACCAACAAGAGCGGCGCGUCGUCCUCGACUGCCCGACCCUCCAAGGCCACGUCACCGCCUCGCAGCAGCAAGCAGCAGGACUCGGACUCGGACGAUCCGGACGACCGGCGCAAGCGCGACAAGUACGAGCGCAAGCGGUACCACAAGCACAAGGAGUUGGUCAUGGAAGAGUUGGCGCCAAAGGCCACCGGCCGGGAUGCGACGGUCGAGAAGAAGCGAGAGAAGGCGGCGACGCUGCAUGGCGCGGCGCGUGCGAAGGAGGACGCCAAGGACGGCCUCGACUUGAGCGACGACUUCUUGAUGGGCGGCUCGGACGACUUUCACGCACGCAUCCAGCGGCGAAAGGCGGCGCAGGACAAGCGCCAAGACGAGAAGCAGCAGCGAGUCACGGCCGCGCAGGAGGCCGAGGCUGCGCGCAUGCAAAAGUUCCUCCAAGACAUGGGUAUCCAGCCAGGCCAAGACCGCAUCACGAUCGCGCCGCGGCAGUAAGACAUGCAGAAAUGGUGCGAGAUAAGGCAAGAACGGAGCAUAUAUUUCCAGGA